ACACAAACCCUUGGUUUCUCCCUCGAUAUAUAAAUCAAUUGAAUUCCUUUCCUUCUCUAAAAAUCCCAAUUUCUAGGGUUUGAAUUUCCAGAUUUCCAUCUGUUGCAUUACAUUUGCUUGAUUUCAAUCGCAACUAAUCGGUGUAGAUCGAUCUCGAAGGGUUUUGAAUCUCGGCUUUUCGUUUCCAAAAUCUAUUUUUAAUUGACAAUUGAAUGUUCUAAUGGAGUCAAAAGCCGGCAAGAAGUCUAGUAGUAGUAAAUCCUUGUUUUACGAAGCUCCUCUCGGUUACGGAAUUGAAGACGUUCGACCAAACGGUGGACUCAAGAAAUUCAAAUCUGCUGCUUACUCAAACUGUGCUCGGAAGCCAUCCUGAGUUUCUCUGAUCUGUGCUACAUAACUCCUAGAUAGCAGCUAUUCAAUUCAAACCUUUUUUCAGUCUUUUAUUUGCAUUUUCUUUUCUCGUACUCGUUUUUUCUCUCUUUGCAACAAAAAAACAACUUUAAAGAAAGAUGGCGGUCGAAGUAUCCGCCAUUGGAUUCGAAGGAUAUGAAAAGAGGCUUGAAAUUACUUUUUCUGACCCUGGUCUCUUUGCUGACCCUGAAGGCAGAGGCCUCCGUUCCCUAACUAAGGACCAACUGGAUGAAAUUCUGGCACCGGCCGAAUGCACCAUUGUUUCUUCAUUAUCCAAUGAUUCAUUGGAUUCAUACGUUCUUUCGGAGUCUAGCCUCUUUGUUUAUCCAUUUAAGAUCAUCAUCAAGACCUGUGGCACCACAAAGCUGCUCCUUUCGAUCCCACCGAUACUAAAACUAUCUUCCCAACUUUCCCUCACUGUGAAAUCUGUGAGAUACACUCGUGGAAGCUUCAUAUUUCCUGGAGCUCAGCCAUUUCCGCACCGGAGCUUCACCGAAGAGGUUACAACCCUCAAUGGUUACUUUGGGAGUCUUGGAUCUGGCAGCAAAGCUUAUGUCAUGGGGGGUGCUGACAAGAAUCAGAAAUGGCACGUCUAUUCUGCUUCUUCAGCCGAAACGGCUGAUCACCCAGUUUACACUCUCGAGAUGUGCAUGACGGGUUUGGACAAGAAACAUGCAUCGGUGUUUUACAAGAACCAGUCGAGCUCUGCUUCCAUGAUGACGGAAGUUUCUGGUAUCCGCAAGAUUCUCCCAAAUUCCCAAAUCUGCGAUUUUGAGUUUGACCCGUGUGGGUAUUCGAUGAAUGCAAUUGAAUCUGAUGCCAUUUCCACCAUCCAUGUGACACCUGAAGACGGCUUCAGUUACGCUAGCUUUGAAGCGGUCGGUUACACCUUCAAAUCCGCUGUUGAUCUGACCCUUUUGGUCGAAAGGGUGUUGGCAUGCUUCCAGCCAAACGAGUUUUCUGUAUCGUUACAUGGAAACGACCGGAGGAAUCUUGAUUUGGGAAGUGGCAAUCUGAAUGUUAAGGCAUACUGUGUGACGGAAACAAGCUUUGAAGAUCUUGGUGACGGUGGUGGUUCGAUGAUUUAUUGUUUGUUCACGAGGGGAGGUAACAGCUGCGGGUCUCCGCGGUCGACCCUCCACGGGUGUUGGAGCGAGUACGAAGAUGAAGAACUGGAGAAGAAAUAAGGCUACCACUUGCAAUUUGGUACUUAAUAAUGUUAUUAGUUUUCUAGUGUGGUUAUGUUCUUCAGGGCUUGGUGUUUUUUGCUCAUUUACUGUUUGUUUUUUUUGGUUAUUGUGUUCUAUGGACCUACAUUUGCACCAUUAAUAAAAUCUGUGGGUAUGUUUAUAAA